AUUACUUAUUACCCUAAUUUUUAUUUAGGUUAUCAAUUGCUUUGGCAUCGCUGGACGAAAAAAUAUGAUAAAGUAGAAGUCUCCGUCUCCAACACACUCGUUCUCUGCCGCUCGCUGGUUCCGCCGCCAAUUUCCGGGUUUGAUUUGAAUUGGGGGGAAAGAAAUGGAGUUUGUUAAUCGAAUAGUGGACAUAGCUACCAGAGCUGUAAACAGCAACGCAGUGAUCAAUGUUUGUCUGCUUGCGUCGUUUGCAACACUCGGCGUAAGAUCUAUGAAUCAGCAAAAGACCAUUGAAGCUCUACAGGAUGAGAAGGAGUCUCUUACCAAAUCCAACAAGUCCAUUAGAAAGACAUUGUGGGACUGGAAACAGCAGCUUUAUGCUGAAGCCUCCGCUGAUUCUGCAGUGGUUCCUCUGGCUAGGCUCAAAGCAAUCUAUGGCGAAGCCCCGCCUCCUCCACGUGCCACGCUCGCAGAUACUGUGACGAAAGAUGCAAAUUCAUCUGGUGCCAACAAAAUAAUCGCCUGAGAUCUGGUUAGUUAUCAGCACCUUUAGAAGUUUUUGGCAUUGGAAGGCUGUUAAUAAAUAUUUUCCAAGAGAACAUAAAGGUAUUAUCCUGUCAUAAUGUGCUAUUCUAAUUGCAUGUAAAUGUAGAACUUGGAGGGAGUCAAAAAGGUGAAAAAAUUAUCAUUGUAAGGACAAAAGCACACUUGUUUUUGUUAUAUAUAUUAUCCAUCUAACAAUUUUGGUUAGAUAAGAGGAUGCAGUGUUCAAUAUUGUCCCAUCAAACUACUCUUGUUGACUCCCAUGAUGCAUGUAAUGGAUGACUUUUCAUGAGCAAAAACGUUGCUUCUUCUUUU